AUGAGGACUGGGCGCAGCGACAUGGAGCCCCCCGCCUCCUUUCUGGGCUUCCCGGCCCUGCCCUCGGUCGCACCGUCGGGGCCGCCGCCGUCGCCGCUCGCCGGAGCCGAGCCCGGGCCGGAGCCCGAGGGGGCGCCCGCGGGCCGCGGGGAGCCGGAGCCCGCACCGGGCCCGGGCCGGCGGCGGCGGCGGCCCCUGCAGCGCGGGAAGCCGCCCUACUCGUACAUCGCGCUCAUCGCCAUGGCGCUGGCGCACGCCCCGGGCCGCCGCCUCCCGCUGGCCGCCAUCUACCGCUUCAUCACCGAGCGCUUCGCCUUCUACCGCGACAGCCCGCGCAAGUGGCAGAACAGCAUCCGCCACAACCUCACGCUCAACGACUGCUUCGUCAAGGUGCCCCGCGAGCCGGGCAACCCGGGCAAAGGCAACUACUGGACGCUGGACCCGGCGGCCGCCCACAUGUUCGACAACGGCAGCUUCCUGCGGCGCCGCAAGCGCUUCAAGCGCGCGGAGCUGCCCGCGCCCCCGCCGCCCGCGCCGCCCGGCCUCUACGCGCCCUUCCCGCCCGGCCCCGGGCCCGCGCCGCCCGCGCGCCUCUUCGGCGUGGACAGCCUGGGGAGCCUGCCGCCCGAGCUGGCGGGGCUCGGCGCCCCGGAGCCGCCCUGUUGCGCCGCGCCCGACGCCGCCUUCCCGCCCUGCGCCGCCGCCUUCCCGCCGCUCUACGCGCCCGAGCGCCCGGGGCUGCCCCCGCGCCCCGCCGAGCCGCUGCUGGCCUUGGCCGGGCCGCCGGGAGCGCUGGGCCCGGGGGAGGCCUACCUGAGGCCGCCGGGCUACUUGCCGGGCCUGGAGCGCUACCUGUGAGCUCUUCCCCGCAGGCAGGGGCCGCGUGGAGACCCCCUUUCCCCCAGGACUGGGGCGCUGAGCUCCCCAACUUUGCCUCUUGGAUUGAGCACACCUGUUACCUCUUUCCAUGGGGAGAAUCCCACCGUCUCUCCUCCGGAUUGAACCCUCCCUACCUACCCCACUAUGUGAGCCCCUCGUUUCUUCUCCUCUCCGUCCCCCACCCCGUGAGCCCCCACCUGUGCGCUUGCCCGGUGCCCGUGCCCUUGUUGAUCCCCUUUCCCCGCGCCCAGUCACCACCCAUGAGCCCCCACGCCAGGUUUCCCGUGAAGACCACGCCUUCGGAAGCCAGGGUUUCCAUCUCAAGCCGCCUCCCUGACGGACUCCUUACUUCUUCAACCUCCCCUGGAGUUCUUACAACACAUUAGAGACCAGACUCCCGGGUUCUCUUCCCUUCAUCUCCCACAAGUUCGAGCCCCGACCCACUUCCCUGUCUGUCCUCAGUUUCUUACACACACACCUGGCUGCGCUGUUCCAGGUCUCAGGACAGUUCUUGAUUUCUCAGACCAGCGGCACCACGGGCUCCCGAGGGAAAGGGGACUUAGUGGGCUCCCCACCAUCUGGAAGAUUUAGGGUUGGCUCAUUAGGUUAUUAUUAUUAUUUUUUAAUUAAAACUGAUUUGAUUAAAAAGAAAGAAGAAAGCUUUCUCUGGGCUUGGUGUGCUGGCUGGUGACUCGGGGGAGUGGCCUGGGGAGAGUGUGGGGCUUUGUUCAGGAUCUUUGGUUGUUCAUAUAUAGGGUGAGCCCCUGGUGAAGCAUCAGGCAGCAGUUCAUGCGGUAGGGUUAGGAUGUGAUUAACCAUAGAUGUGCACAUAGUAGGCCUAGUA